AUGGAGCCGCACAAAAGGUAUUCGCUCCCACCGCGGAGUAUUUUAAAACAGAAGUCGAACUACGACGACGAUGAGCGGACUUCAGACACGCUUCAAAUCUCAUCGCAGAUCCAGUUUCCAACCCACGGGCUCACAAAGGAUCAGCUGCUCAACGGGAAUAACACGACAUCUAGAAUCAACACGACCCAAUUGGAGGCCAAACUUAAUCGGCGGGUAUCUUUUGCGCCGGACGUAACGCUGCACAAGUUUGACUUCAUACCCGAGGUGCCAGUUAAGUUCAGGGAACCGCGUCGUAAGAGCUCCCUCAGCGUGCUUGAAAAGAGCCAUGACAACGAUACCAUGGAGCUGACGAAUCCCGUGACGCAUGCAUUUGACGGGCUGGGGCGCGUCGAGGAGCCGGACGCGGGGUACGAGGCCGUGUUCGAUAAAGAAGUGUCCAUGGAAAUAACACAGUUGUUCACGAAACACAGCGCGCGGCCAGAAUCUGAGGCGGAGGGGGCCGAGGCGGGACUCGGGCGCGCUCCAGUGGAGGAAACAAUGGAACUGACCAACUUGCAUAACCUGCAUGGGCCUUUGAACACCGGCACAGGUGACGAAUCGAUGGAGAUGACAGAUACCCACCAAGCAGGUCCAGCCCCAAACGAAGCGGAGAAGAAUGACGCGAACAAUGGCGCGGAGGAAGAGGAGGACGGCGGCGAUGACGCUCCCACUCCUGCUACAGAGGAAUCUAUGGAGAUCACUGGGCAGCAGAGCGUCGGACGGAUCCCCUCGUCGGGUUCGCCGUCCGCGAAGCUGUCUGGCGUCGCGACAGCCCGGAUGGUGAGUAUGGACGGGGAUUCCAUGGAAAUAACCGGUCUGCAGCAGCUUUCUCAGGCGCAUGAGUACAGGGAAGCCCCUGAUGCAACGCUGACCUUAUCCAAUGUAUUUGAAGGGCCAAAACAUCUCAAUGAGCAGAGAGCAGAGGAAACCAUGGACUUUACAGCAUUUCCCAAACUUAACGAGGCACUCACAAUCGACUCGCAGGUAGUUACCAGCACCCAAGAGCCGCCAGCCUACAAGGCUCUUUCCACAAUUAAAAUAUCGCCCAAAAGGCGUAAGAUUGCAGAGGGUAUAUAUGUCUCUCCUGUCAAGCCAAAUCCGAUAGAAGAACUAUUCAGUGAUGCCGAAAGGUUAUCCCCCAUUCCUUUACCUCCCGAAUACUCUCCAAGCAGGCAAGCGAACUCAUCCAACCCCGUUCUUUCUCCUGCAGAUGUACCAAAGCUACCGCAUGACAACUACGCUAUGAAGGCCGUGGAUCAACAACCUAAAGAAGAGCCUGUAGAACCGAUUUCACUCCAGAUGUUUUUAGAUACAACGGGGAUAUCAUUUGUUAUAGACUUAGAUGGAGUGCAAAACUAUGAUCCAAUAACGUUCACGUAUACAGACCGCAUUGAAGAUAUCUCCACACGUCAGAUUUACGAUGCUCUCUAUCUACAAAUUCCUCUCCUGGAAAUAUAUGCAUUUAUAGUGAAGGAACUGCAUCGUAGAAUCCUGGAUUCUCAAAGGUUAUUUCAAGAGUUGGAGGAACAGAUCUCCAAUAACCCUCCUCCAUAUCUGUUCCGUAACUACUUUGAAUCCAGUGACGAAGUGAAACAACUCAUGAAAGAACAGAUUGUCUUAAUCAAGUCGUUUGCAAGGUUAGAGGCGAAGAAAGUCUGGUUUGAGUGGCGCUGCCAGCAUCUAAAAGGCAUCAAGUCUGUACUCGAGGAAAACCUAUCGCUUGUUCAAACGGAAUACGCCGAAGUGGUAGCGCGCUUGAAUGAGAUAAGCGACAUUAAGCAUCGUCUGCAGGCUCUUGAACAAUCGCUCAGGCACGAGUUGGAGCUACUGAGGAACGGCGAGAAACCCAUGCGCGUGACUACCCUAGCGGACAGGCUCAAAAUUGAAAAGAUAAAGAGCGAGCUGAAAGCGAACAUGAUAAAGCUCAACAACACCGCUAACUUGGAGGAGCAAAAGGAGGCCAUCUCCGCGGAUAUCAAUGCGCUCCGUUCUCAAAUAAAGGACGUGCGUGAAGAAAUUAGCUCCCUGAAGUCACUUGUUCUCAAAAAUAAACUGCACACCGCACAUGAUGUUUCUAAACUCCGCCUGCUCUUUUCUCAGAUGCAGCUCUUCACCGGCGUCUCCUUCCGCGGGCUCUCAGGCUCAGAACUGCAACUGGCGCUUAACAGCACGAUCAACGUGAGCUUCGAUCUCACACAAGUCGACAACAUAAAAGAUAUUGCUGUGAGCUACCAGACAGAGUCCCAGUUCGAACGCCACAUAUCCACGCUUUUCAUCAACGAGGCGCGGCAUGCGGCCCCCAAUGCCUUCACAUUCGUUCUCGCCGUCCAAUCCAAGCUGCAGCAUAUCCGUAACGUCUGCAUGGAGUACGACCGUCUCCAGGCCAUCUUCCCAACGCGGCUCGUCACUGUACGCGACACAGAUCUAAUAGAACUGACGGACCUCGACGCUGUCCGGAAUGCCAAGGUCCACUACCAUAUAGGCAUCCCAGACUUCGUCGCCGCGGUAACUUCUGCAGACCAGAAGAAGAUCACCAUCAGGGCACGCGUUGCCUACGGGAAAGGAGUCACACAGGAGCUGCUCGAGCGGCACCUUCUAUCCCGCACUAAAAAGCCACUGCCCUGGUUCAGGCAGUUCCAAGUUGUUCUGUGA